CAUCUCAAGCGCACCCACUUAGCGGUCAGUCCGCCAACUGUGCGGCAUGUGUGUGCGUAUUUGGCAACUGAAGUGCUCUGACAGCAAAGGGUAGCUUUGUCUGUGACAACAUGUCGCGGGAAUAAAGUUCCAAGUGCGUACUCUGCUACAAACGCAAUUUUCCACUCAGCGUUCACGUGUUGUGUCGAACUUGUGGUGCGUUUAGCAAGAUGGCUCCGUGUGUGUUGGAGCAAGUGUCAGAGAACACGCCAAAGUGCGCUCAGUGAUAUUAAGGACCUUGUGUUAAGUGACAAGAAGAUAGGUACGCCUGUGACGCUUCGUCGUUUCGUAUUGAUAAUGACUUCUUGGUCGCUGCUUUGGAGGAAAAGGAAGUGGGUGACGACAACGAUGACGAUGUUGAUGAUGAUGAUGGCACGCAGUUAGCGGCAGCCAGGCAGGCGAACUGACGGUGCGACCCGACGGAGCCGGGACCGCUUACCGUGGGAGCUGUCAAGCCGAAUUUACCGCACAGGAUCCCCGCAAGAAUGCCGCGGAGGAAACAGUCCAACCCGCAGCCCGUCAAAUUGGAGUUGGAAGAUGGUGGUUUGGCAGGCAACACGGGCUGUCUGGUUGUGGACGGUGACAUGCUGCAUCGGGGAGAGUUGGGCUUCGGCAAUGCUGAAAUAAUGGGUUUCCACGCAGAUUGUGAUAUGACUGUGUUUUCUCUCCGUGUGGAGGAGGAUCCUUCAGGGCUAACAGACACUUCAUUCCCACCAUUCCUCUCAUGUAAAGGUUGUGAUCAAGUUCUCUGUGACAUGCCACUGGGCGCAAGAUUUGAUCUUGGAGUGGGCCAAGAUCUGAAGUCAAAGCUUUACUGUCUCACCUGUGAAGGGGGUAGCCAGAGUGCCGCCUCCAUCGAGUGCAGGCAGGUGGCAGAUGCCAAGAAUGCUGACGGAUCCCUCGGUAAUGCAUUGGACAGAAAGAAAAGCAUCCAAAGUAAAAUGGGUGCAUGUGGCGACCUUCCUCAUAAAAUCUACUGCUGCUUACUGUGCACCUUCACUUCCCGUUACUCCAAUCACCUGAAACGGCACAUGCACAUCCAUGACGGACAGAAACCGUACCGCUGCCCCGCAUGCCCCUACGCUUCCACCCAGCUUGUUAACCUGCAGCGCCACACGCGCACACACACGGGUGAAAAGCCAUACCGCUGCCAUCAGUGCAGUUACGCCUGCAGUUCACUUGGGAAUCUGCACCGGCAUCAGCGCAUGCACACACUGGAUUAUCGGCCAAGGAGGGACAAGGACGGUAGAAGAGCCACGAGAAGAAAAGUGAACGACAAAAGCGAAAAAGCUGUCUCCAACCUGACACUGCAAGUUUCUCAGGACUCGGCUUACCUGCAGGCGCAGAGCAGUCUGAGCUCCACUGCUGGCCCGCUGCCUGUCCUGCUCUUUCCGCUGUGCUGCCAGCUGUGUGGCCUCACGCUGCAGGAGGGUGACCCGGAUCCCAUCAAGAUGGAGGACAGUGACGAUGCCGAUAGACAGUUGUGCCGCCGUUGCUCGUUGGACCUGUUUGUCAAAGAUCGCCUUGAUUGUUCAAGAAGUCAAUUGGGGCCUCUGGAGUCCCACCAGCAUGGCAACCAGCUGUACCGCUGCCCCCUGUGUCCCUUUCUGACCUCCUACCCCCACCACCUAGCCCGCCAUGCCCACAUCCACUCUGAGGAUAAACCUCACCACUGUCCACAGUGCUCCUACACUACCUCCCACCUGGACAACCUCAAACGGCACCUGCGCGUGCACACGGGCGAGAAGCCAUACCAGUGCCCAUUAUGUAGCUACGCCUGUGGUAACCUGGCCAACCUGCGGCGCCACGAGCGCAUCCAUUCGGGCGCCAAGCCAUUCCACUGUGACAUUUGCGGCUACUCGUGCAACCAAAGCAUGAACUUGAAGAGACACAUGCUGCGACACACUGGUGAGAAGCCAUACGCCUGUGGCGAGUGUGACUACACCACGGGACACUUGGACAACUACAAACGCCACCAGAGGAAACACCGACAUGGCGUGGACAACUGGGACCGGCCGGUGGCCCAACAUGGCCUCGACUGGGCCAAACAGCAUCAUGAGAACCAGGGACACAGUUAGUCUGCCUUUGCGUGUGUGUGCUUUGACUGAGUGCUUGACUGACUUUGGAUUUUUUGUGAUUUGACAAAAACACUUCACACUCACCUUGGACUUGUGAGUGAAAAGACUUGUGACAUGAGACAUGAAAAUGUGUUAUACAUAAAGUUGUAUUCAACAUAAUAACUGGAUAAAUCCCUGUUUUAGUCAGAAUUAUAUCACCGUGUUGUAAUAUCACCAAUCACCACCAGAUGGUGGACACAGAUAUCUCAGUUGUGCUUUACACUGGGCCUUAUACUGCCCUACAAUACAAAUGAGAACGGCUAAUAUUUUUUUAAGAAUUUGAAAUGAAAUGCAGGACAAACAUAGUACCUCUUUAACAGUGGUGUCAAACAUACCACGCGCGGGUACCAAGGAGGUUCAAUCAGGCCCGCAGGAUCAUUUAAAAGUGGGGAAAAAAUGCAUAAAAGACAUGGAAUGGAUAUUUUUAAAAAUGUGCAAUUCAUGGAGUAUCCGCUAGGAGCACACUGUUUUGGUCAGAGUAGAAGACAACAGCAUUCUCAGUCUGUCACUGUGCCAGACCCAACACAACAGAUGCUAUCAGGGACAUGUGAAUACUUUAUUCUUUACACAUUUAAUAGCACACUUCUUAGUCUCUAAGGUGUAGGCAGAGAUUACAUUUUGAUUUUAUAUGCACAUGUGGAAAUGGUUUAAAAAUUCCUUUCUUUAUAAAUCUCGUUCAAUCUUGAAGUGCAUUACUAUAUUUUUCAAUACCAAUUACUUGUUCAUGUUUUGUGCCUUUUACAAUCAGUGGGAUGAGUUGCAACGCAUAUAUGUGAAUGAUAAAAAUAAAUUGCACAUUUGUCUAAGGAAAUAUAAGGUGCUUCAUGAAAUGUUUUGUAGAAGACAUGUUCAUUCAAUUUCAACAUUUACCUAAUGUUCUUGUGCUUCUUUAGACCAAAACAAAGGAAAUACAUAUUAUUUUGAUUAUUUAUAGCCGAGUAUGGUAUAAUUUUAAUGGCCCGGCCCACUUGACAUUGCUGGCUGUAUGUGGCCCACAUUGUGAAAUGAGUUUGACAACCCUGCUCUACAAUAUUAACAUUUUCUAGUGAGUUGAUUUUUUUUUUUGUGGAAAUAUGUACAAAAUAACCUUUUGCAUUCAAUGUUGGUUUCUUCUUUUGCAGUUUUGUGCUGUCCUUGAAAGGUAAUUUUUAUGCACAGCCCUUUAGACUGGGAAAAAUACAGUAGGUGUUUGCCUCAAA